AUGAACGGCACUGGUGGUUUUAUAUCAGAUGAAAACCGGGAGAUUCUCCAAUCAGCUUCAGGGAGUGAAGGUCCAUUAUCUUCUUCUUCAAAAUCUCCAAGGUCAACACAGGUCCAUGGCAAAGGUAGUCCAGUUAAUCAUGAUAGGCAAUCACGUUCUCCAAUAGAUGGUCAUCCUAAGAAAGGUGGUUGUGGUGGCAAAGGAACUUGGGGAGGGUUAAUGGACACUGAUUCCAGUUAUCCUCUUGACUCAAAGGACCCAAACUAUGAUAGCAGUGAGGAAGAAUGUGAACAUCCAAAUGCAAGAAAAUCAGCUCCCGAUUUUGAUGCAUAUAAAAAGAAAGUGACAAUAAUAGUGGAGGAAUACUUUGCUACUGAUGAUGUUGUCUCAGCUACCAAUGAAUUAAAAGAACUUGCAAUGCCCAGCUAUAAUUAUUACUUUGUUAAAAAGCUUGUCUCUAUGGCUAUGGAUAGGCAUGACCAUGAAAAAGAAAUGGCUGCUGUCCUAUUAUCUGCACUCUAUGCUGAUGUGAUUGAUGCUCCACAGGUUUACAGAGGCUUUAGUAAAUUGGUGGAAUCUGCAGAUGACUUGAUUGUGGACAUACCAGAUACAGUUGAUAUUCUUGCUUUGUUUAUAGCUCGAGCUGUUGUUGAUGACAUACUCCCUCCUGCAUUCCUUAACAAACAGAGGGAGCUCUUACCUAAUGAUUCAAAGGGGGUGGAAGUCUUGGAAAGAGCUGAGAAAGGGUAUCUAGCAGCUCCUAUGCACGCUGAAACUAUAGAGCGUCGCUGGAGGGUUGGUAAGAAAACAGUUGAGGAUGUGAAAGCAAGGAUAAACAACUUGUUGAUCGAGUAUGUAGCGAGUGGUGACAAGAAAGAGGCUUAUAGAUGCAUAAAGGAUUUGAAAGUUUCCUUCUUCCAUCAUGAAAUAGUUAAACGAGCGCUUGUUAUGGCAAUGGAAAAUCGGAAAGCUGAAGAUAGACUACUGGAUCUACUCAAAGAAACAGCUGAAGAAAGCCUGAUAAACUCAAGUCAAAUUACAAAGGGAUUUGAUAGGAUGAUUGACACAGUUGACGAUUUGUCCCUUGACAUACCAGAUGCGCAGAAGAUACUGAAGUCUUUAAUUUCUAAGGCAACAUCUGAUGGUUGGUUGUGCGCUUCAUCUUUGAGGUCGUUAUCAUUGGAGCCUAGAAAUAAAUCAUUCGAAGACAAUUUUACUAAAACUUUCAAGUUGAAGUGUCAAACAAUCAUUCAAGAAUAUUUCUUGACUGGUGAUAUCUCGGAGGUUUUUAGCUGUCUAGAAGCAGAAAAUAAAACUUCUUCAGGCGAACUGAAUUCUAUUUUUGUUAAAAGGCUGAUAACUUUAGCUAUGGAUCGGAAGAACAGGGAGAAAGAAAUGGCAUCUGUUUUGCUAUCAUCUUUAUUUUUUCCUGCAGAUGAUGUAGUAGAUGGGUUUGUGAUGUUGAUAGAAUCUGCAGAUGAUACUGCUCUAGAUAAUCCAGUUGUUGUUGAGGAUCUUGCUAUGUUUUUGGCUAGAGCAGUGGUGGAUGAAGCUUUAGCCCCACAACACCUGGAAGAGGUUGGGAGCCAAUUUUCAGGGACAGACUCUGUUGGGGCCAAAGUGCUUCAAAUGGCAAAUUCAUUACUAAAGGCUCCCCUUUCUGGAGAGCGCAUCUUAAGGUGUUGGGGUGGCGGUGGUAGCAGUACGCCAGGAUGGGCUGUUGACGAUGUGAAACUCAAAAUAGCAAAGCUAUUAGAGGAAUAUGAAUCCGGAGGAGACAUUAGGGAAGCUUAUCGGUGCAUUAAGGAAUUAGCCAUGCCAUUUUUCCACCACGAGGUUGUAAAGAAAGCACUGGUGAUCGUUAUGGAGAAAAAGAAUGACAGACUUUGGGGUUUUCUUGCACAUUGUUUUGGCUCAGGGCUCAUAACCAUGAACCAGAUGACAAAGGGUUUCUCAAGGGUAGAAGAAUGUCUCGACGACUUGGCUCUCGACGUGCCUGAUGCCCGAAAGCAGUUUCUAGCAUAUGUCGAGAAAGCAAAGACUAUAGGAUGGUUGGAUUCAUCAUUUCAUUAUGGAAAUUCCAAAAAUGGUAAAGAGAAUGGGGCCUGCCUAUGAUAACGAGUUUCCAGGGAAAUCAAGUUGACUACCUUCUAGCUGUGCCCUGGUUUUGCAGACAAUAAGUUAAGAAAUCGACUUGAAUUUCGACAUCCGCCCGACACUGCAUUCUUGUUGGAAGUCAGCAUGCUUUUUGCUAUUACAACUUCGGUAUUUAUGUUCUUUGGUACUUAAGUUUUUGCACAACUCCAACAUCCAACAUCUCGAAAUUUGACCAGAUGACAUGUUGGAGAUUGUUUCAUCACAUUGUUCUCCGGAUCCUAUUUUUUGUUGCAUUGCAUUCGA